AUGUCAUCCUCCUCAUCUCAAACUCCUCACUUUCAUCUCAACCCACGAAAGUCGAAACCUUUCCACCGAAACUCCCACAAACACAAAAACCUCAACUUCAAUUCCAGUUUCGGAAUCCGAAAACUCACCUUGAGAAAAUCUCAAGGAGGAGGCUUAUCAGUUCUCAGCUCGAGUUCCAGCAACACCCACUUCUCGAAUUCUCAGUUACACGGCCUCUGCGCUAACGGGAAGCUUGAGGAAGCCAUAAAGCUCGUAACUUCGAUGAAGGAGUUGCGAGUUUCGGUAGAUGAAGACGCGUUCGUGGCUUUGGUGAGGCUUUGUGAGUGGAAGAGAGCACACGGAGAAGGCUCUAAGGUUUAUGGUAUUGUUAUGAGUUCGAUGAGUAGCUUGGGUGUUGAGUUAGGUAAUGCUUUUUUGGCUAUGUUCGUGAGGUUUGGUAAUUUGGUUGAUGCUUGGUAUGUGUUCGGUAAAAUGUCUGAGAGAGAUUUGUUUUCUUGGAAUGUGUUGGUUGGUGGGUACGCGAAGGGAGGGUAUUUGGAUGAGGCGAUGUGUUUGUAUCAUAGGAUGUUGUGGGUUGGGGGUGUGAAGCCUGAUGUUUAUACUUUCCCUUGUGUGUUGAGAACCUGUGGUGGUAUACCUGAUUUAGCUAGAGGGAGAGAGGUUCAUGUGCAUGUGGUUAGGUAUGGGUAUGAGUUGGAGAUUGAUGUGGUGAAUGCUUUGAUUACUAUGUAUGUGAAGUGUGGUGAUGUGAAGAGUGCGAGGUUGGUUUUCGAUAGGAUGCCUAGAAGAGAUUUGAUCUCGUGGAAUGCUAUGAUCUCGGGGUAUUUUGAGAAUGGGAUGUGUUAUGAAGGUCUUGAGUUGUUUUUUGCUAUGCGUGGGCUUUCUGUUGAUCCGGAUUUGAUGACUAUGACGAGUGUUAUCUCUGCUUGUGAGCUGCUUGGAGAUGGAAGGUUAGGAAGGGAUAUUCAUGGUUAUGUGAUAUGCUCGGGUUUUGCUGUUGAUAUAUCUGUCUGCAACUCUUUGACUCAGAUGUACUUAUACGCUGGGUCAUGGCGUGAAGCUGAAAAGGUUUUUAGUAGGAUGGAGCGUAAAGACAUUGUGUCAUGGACCACUAUGAUCUCAGGCUAUGAGUAUAACUUUCUUCCUAGAAAGGCUAUAGACACUUACAGAAUGAUGGAUCAAGAUUGUGUGAAGCCAGAUGAGAUUGCAGUAGCUGCUGUUCUCUCUGCUUGCGCUACUCUAGGUGAUCUUGACACAGGUGUUGAGCUCCAUAAGCUUGCGAUCAAGGCAAGGCUCGUAUCCUACGUGAUUGUUGCAAACAAUCUCAUUAACAUGUACUCAAAGUGCAAAUGCAUUGAUAAGGCCUUGGACGUCUUUCACAACAUCCCCCGCAAGAAUGUCAUAUCUUGGACAUCGAUCAUUGCAGGGCUUCGUCUCAACAACCGGUGUUUUGAGGCGUUGAUAUUCUUCCGGCAAAUGAAAAUGACGCUGCAGCCAAAUGCAAUCACAUUGACAGCUGCAUUAGCAGCUUGUGCUAGAAUAGGAGCUCUGAUGUGUGGGAAAGAGAUCCAUGCCCAUGUGCUGAGAACAGGAGUGGGGCUUGAUGAUUUUCUUCCGAAUGCACUGCUAGACAUGUAUGUACGGUGCGGGAGAAUGAACAUCGCUUGGAAUCAGUUCAACUCCCAGAAAAACGAUGUCUCAUCAUGGAACAUUCUUCUAACCGGAUAUUCUGAACGAGGCCAAGGCUCGAUGGUGGUGGAGUUAUUUGACAGAAUGGUUAAGUCCAGAGUAAGACCAGAUGAGAUUACAUUCAUCUCACUGUUAUGUGGUUGUAGCAAAUCACAUAUGGUCAAAGAAGGUUUAAUGUACUUUAGCAGAAUGGAGGAGUAUGGUGUGACCCCAAACUUGAAGCACUAUGCUUGCGUAGUUGAUUUGCUUGGCCGUGCAGGGGAGUUAGAAGAAGCGCACAGCUUUAUACAGAGAAUACCAAUUAUACCAGAUCCAGCGGUAUGGGGAGCCUUGCUUAACGCGUGUAGGAUUCACCGUGACAUUACACUCGGUGAGCUCUCAGCGAAGCGUAUAUUUGAGCUGGACAAAGAGAGUGUUGGCUAUUACAUUCUGUUAUGUAAUCUCUAUGCUGAUUGUAACAAAUGGAGAGAAGUUGCGAGAGUGAGAAGAAUGAUGAAAGAAAACGGACUAACCGUUGAUGCAGGAUGCAGUUGGGUGGAAGUAAAGGGUAAAGUCCAUGCGUUUCUUAGCGAUGACAAGUACCAUCCUCAAACAGAAGAGAUCAACACUGUUUUAGAGAGGUUCUAUGAGAAAAUGAGUGAAGCAGGACUUACCAAAACAAGUUCUAUGGGUGAUGAGACUGAGAUUUCGAGAGAUGAGAUAUUCUGUGGACACAGCGAGAGAAAGGCAAUUGCGUUUGGUCUGAUCAACACAGUCCCAGGAAUGCCGAUAUGGGUGACAAAGAAUCUAAAUAUGUGUGAGAGUUGCCAUGAUACAGUGAAGUUCAUCUCCAAAACAGUAAGAAGAGAAAUCUCCGUUAGAGAUGCUGAGCAUUUCCACCACUUUAAAGAUGGAGAAUGUUCAUGUGGAGAAUAGAAUGAAAACAGAAGAAGAAAUACAUUACAUCAAGGUAUUGUUAAUGUUAUUACAGGAAAGCUAGAUUAUAGUUUGGCUUUGUUUUCGUCUGUAAACGUGU